AGCGCACAGAUUUAUCAGUCGGAGUGACCCAAGAACUAUUUAGCUUCGAGAGGUGAAAAUACGUGUUUGAUGAGAGAGAGAGAGAGAGAGAGUGGUACAAUCCAGGAUUUUUUUACCUCUAGCUCUAGCUACUACCAGCACGAUGAAAAACAUGGCGACGCGUAACAACGAUAAUGAUGAAGCUGCUGCAUCCUCCAGUCCCAGUGCGCCAAAGCGGUCCUUCACGUUGCAUUGGGCUCUGGCGUCGGUUGCUGUGCUUGUCCAAGCGUACCAGACGUGGCAAGUGGCGCGUCUUGAGUGUCCGUGUAAGUCCGGUCGCAAGAAGAAAAAGAAGAACCUCACAGUGAGAGCGUUGCUCAAUGAGGUAGCGGUAUUGCAGGGGCGCGCACCUCCGUUCUCGCUAGAUCCGUCCGAAGAGGCGGUGGAAGAACUGGUGGAGGAGAGUGUCAUACAACAUCCGAUUUUAUGACGACGAGCAAGGACAUGGACCAGCAUAACGCUUUUUCAAGACACUCACCUAGUAUAGUACCUAAUACAAGCUUACAUUUUAGGUAGGACGAAAAGAUGGAAGCGCAUUCUGGAACAACGCAUGAGCACUUCUAUUUCUAAUCAUAAGAACAACAAGUGGUCACCAGGUGCAGCAAAAUGACCCUCCGCGAGCGCCGGCUGCUCCUGCUGCUCCGGCUUUCGUGCCGCCUCAAGAGCCGGCAGUGCCGCAACUGAGGAAUGAGGGCUUCCAGUCUAAUGCAGGGGCAACUCAACAAAUAUGGCAAAACUAGCACGCCUUCACAUUCAUCAGUAUCAUCGCUUGCUCGUGCUCCAGUCACCAUCAAGGUGGGCGAAUCAAAAUUAGACAUGAUACACUUUCACUUAUAGAAGUGACGCGACGUCACUUCUUCUCCACUCCAGCCGUGCCUACUCUAAUGCGGAGGCCAUUUUCUCUGCUGGAAUUUUUGCUUCAGAGUCAUCCACGAGGAAUCGGAAUGAUCCUUGGUGUCGGAAAAAAUCCGCUGGCGCUCGACCUGCUCCAGCAGUGGCAUACAUCCCCAGGCCUCUAUCUCGUGGACCCGUUUAUUCACAUAUACCAAGGUAGAGCUUCUAGAUGGUGUAAAUCUAAUAGUACUGCAUGAACAUGAACAUGUCCGCCAAGCAAGUUAAACAAACAUCAUGGAGGUCGUCUCUUAAACUAGCAAUCUUGGUACUCUCGUCCUUGAGGUUGAGAACCACCUUGUCCUAUCGAAUUUAAACUAGUUAGUUACAAACCUAAAGAAUUAGAAUAAAGAAAAAGAACUUCAUCUUCUACAGGUUACGACGAGCCUGAGAACCUGAGCGACUGGGAGCAUCAGCGCUGCUUCGAGGACUUGAGAAACCGUAUUCACCGCUUUGAGGGAAGAUAUAGCAUCAUGCGCGAUUUCUCGCAGUCCUUUGCAAUCACCUGGCGCCACAAUCCACUUCAACAACCGCCGCCACCACUGUCAUUGUUAAGGCUACGUGCAAGAAAGAAAUCUAAAUCUACAUUGAGAUUGACUUUCACAGCAGACAUCUUGGAGGUGGUACAAUUCCCGUUUUUAAGUUGAAAGGAAAACAAAGGAGACAACCAAGAUGCUUUUGAGGAUACAUUUCUCUGAGUUCUAACAUUGGUCUACGUAGACAACAACCCUUCCCAUGCAGCGGUGCUUCGAGAUCUGGCCGACUGGUGGGGAAGCCUCGGACCGAAAUUAUGUCAGCACUAGAAUGGUCAUCGUCUGGUUCAUCUGUCAGUUGUAAUUUUUUAAGUGGUACAACGAAUCGCCUAUCUUUGACAUAAUUUUCUCUUCUUCUAUAUUGUAAGUAGUUACAACUACUCCUUACAACUCGCAGCGUUACCACCAGCACCACCUGGAUCUGAUUAUAAGAAGCAUAAAACUAAAUAGGACCUCCUAAUCCAAGGCAUAAUUGCGGGCCCAAGUUGGUCAAGGAAAGAGUCUGUUCGCCAAGCUGUAACGGAGUUUUCGCAACAGAUAGGAGCACCGAUACAGCUCUUUGGGGAUGGAGAUACCUGGUUCCUCCAGCAGAUGGAAGACAACACGCUAGGGGCUCGUGGCGGAGGGGCUAUGUAUCGAGGAUAGACAGAGAAGCGUGUCGCGGAGCCAUGUGUCGAGGAUAAAGCAGCGCGUGGAGCAGGCGUGAUGUAGAUAGAGCAGCGCGUGGAAGCGUCCUCGCAAUGGCCCUUGUCCACCCCUCUUUGUUUCUCUGAUUGUUCUUGCUGUCCCUCAUACUACAUCGAAAGAUUUGUUCUAAAAUACCUUCUCCCAUAGUAUUCCUCUCGUGGUCAAUGAAGGGCUGCAUGUUGAUGCCUGGACGGAAACGGACUUGUUAGCCAUGAUCAAGAUCUUCUCGUUCCUAGAUCAAGACAUUUCUGAUUUCGUAGAUGUGAUAGAGAAGACGGGAGGAGCGAUUGAAGAACAAGUAGAAAGAGACGACACGUGAG